AUGGAUGGAGGGCCCAAGAGCCCGUGGCUGGAGUUCAGUUUUGGAUGCUGUGCGUCCGGGAGGAGAGAUUCUGUGGAGGAGGAUGACGGGAGGGCUGCGUUGCAGGCUAAUGGUAUGUUGAUGCGAAUAUGCUACAACCAACCGCAAACAGUGUCCCUACCACGGGCAGAGCCAUCAACCUACACACGCCCAACAACCAGCCACUCCAUGGGCCGCCACGUCUCUCAGUGGGUAUCUAACGGCCGCGACUUCGCUACUCGCGCCUCUUCCCGCGCAAGCGUCCACACCCUCUCGCGACCCAGGAAAUCGCACUCCAGGCCACGCCCCAGCAUCAGCCGUCCCACCGACUUUCGCCACUGCGACGGCCUUGACGGUGUGGAUGGCAUUCAAAGCAUGAUAGACGACGCACCCAUGCCCGUUCGUCGUCGCCGUAGCUUCCAACCCCUGGAACUCUCCAUCUAUCUACCCGACGGCCGCCUAUCUCCGCUACCGGAUUUCGAGGCCGACGAGUGGAACAAACUGCCAGCUGAGCUGGAGAUCCCCGCGCAGGCGCUAGUCCGCCAAAGAGAUUCGCGGACGAAUUCUAUUUCUUCUAAUCUAUCCACUUCGUCGUACCUUAUCCAGCGGAAACCCGUGGGCUCAGGGUCGAGGAGGUCGAGCUUGCAGAGUCAAGGCGAGGUGCACUCGAGACCGAUAUCUGGGACGUUUUCGUCUCUGCCGUUCUUGAUGGAGGAGCCGAAAAAUCGUCCGGAUUCUACCAUCGGCAGUCCGAACUCACUGCAAAGAGCGAACACAUACGGCACGUUGUCGCCGAACCGCAUCCUCUCCCGUUUGCCGUCCCCUUCGCGGGCUCGCGCGCAAACUGCGCCAUCACGCCCGGGUAGCGUGCGCAGGGCAAGAACAGACGUCGACGACGCAAUCCGCGAACUCAACACCAUCGUCGAAGAGCGCCGCGCAGAAGCCUACCGCUCACACGCCCAAUCGCCCGCCUUCAUCAACCGGCCGCCUCCUUCGCCAUCUUCGCAU